AUGAACAAAGCCACUCCAUCACUGCGCUUCCGGUACAUCUCUGAGUACGUUCUGGAUGAGCAACAAGGCGUCUACCGCGCGUCAGUAGAAACACAGCAAGGAUGCCAGCAGUGUUCACCCCACAUGGGUCGUGGCAUCGGAUGCGAAUACACAAAGAAGUGUGACUGUCUGGAAUACGCUGCAGUGGAUGAGAGCCGCCUCGAUGAAGAAAGAAAGCGGGAAUACCAACUUGCGCUCGAAAACGGAGAUUCAACAAUGGGCUUUCCGAAGAAAUUCCCUUACUUCGCCGAAGGCACGAAACGAGAGAAGACCGGCUGUCUCGUACCCUUUUACCUCAACUCCCGUCGUCCAAUCUACGAGUGCAAUGAUAAGUGCAACUGCGGCCCCAAUUGUCGCAACAAGAACGUUCAAUUCGGGCGGCAGGUCGAAGUUGAAAUCUUCCGAGCGAACGACGGACGUGGCUGGGGUCUCCGCUGCAAACAAGAUCUGCACGAGGGCCAAUUCAUCGACACCUACCGCGGCGAAGUCAUAACAGAUGCCGAAGCCACACGCCGCGAAACCUCGUCGUCAAAAGCCAAAGCGUCUUACCUCUACUCCCUCGACAAAUUCGCUGAGUCAGAAGGCCUCAAAGAAGAAGAUCUCUACGUUGUGGACGGCGAGUUCAUGGGCGGACCGACAAAGUUCAUCAACCACUCGUGUGACCCGAAUUGCCGGCAGUACACCGUCUCGUACAACAAGCAUGAUCCGAGGGUCUAUGACAUCGCGUUCUUCGCACGGAGGUUCAUCCCAAAGGGCGAGGAACUGACGUUCGACUACCUUGAUAAGGAAGAGGGGGAGGAGAUGGAUGAGCCGGACCGAGAGGAUACGCCUGAUCCGCCGGUGGUGGAUUACCUUGACCGACUCCGAGAUGACCUGUUGGAACGACUCCGUUGGGACGUUUUCGGCUCGUUGAACGACAUCCAAGUCAAAGAUCCUGGAAAUGCUCUCACGCCCUUCAUGGGCGCCAGCAUCGCCUCAGAGUCCUUGGCAAGUCCCCCGUUCACCAAAAUCUCGGUCUACAUCGACGUCUGCGAGGAGAAACGCAACAUGGACGAGCAAGAGGAGGAAGACCGAUAUGCUGCCCCAGAGCCGCUGAUCAUCGACAAGGAGGAUGGCUCUUCUAUAUCCUUACAUGAUUUCGUCUCGCAAGUCCACUCAUACCUCAAUGUCUAUAAGCAUGAGAUUAUGCAAUGCGAAGACGAACUGUACAUGAAUCCGGUGGACUUGGGCGACGGUGUCAAAGCGGUGGAGGUAGUCCCUGAUGAUGAUGCCAGGGACUGGGCAGAUGGAUCUGGAGAGGACCCGGAGUUCAGUCAUUUCCUUCGAAGCGGCAACAUCCCAGAAGGAAGUCGAGUCUUUUUCGAUAGGGCUAUGAUCAACCAAAUCGACCAGGACGAAUAUAGUAUUCACGUGGUUCUUUUCGUUGAGGGCAAUGAUGGAGAAACGCUGGAUUCGUUUUGGGAAAGGAAAAACAGGCUGUAG